CUGAAAACAAAUGAGUGCCUGUGAAUACAGAUACAUUACAAAUAUUAAGAAACAUCGCCUCAAGCUCGCAAACGAGGUGGCACGCAAUAGUAGGCGCAAAAAUGGGAUAACGGUGAACGUGUGGUAAAUGAAACAAAUCUCUUGAAUUUCAUAGAACGUCAACAUUAUUCAAUUUGCCGAAUUUCUGUAGCCUGCGUAGUUUCCUUUGUGGGAGGUUUCGUAAAUAAUUCUGCACACUUCGUUUUUGGGCUUCUCUGGGGCACCCUGUCUACAACACAUACAAAUGGGUGGCGAAUUCUCGCGUGCAUUCUUUGUGCUCCAUAUAUAUAAUGCAAGGACACUGAGGACGCAAGCAGGGCUCCAUAUUUUAUUCUACGGUUAUUUUUUUUUUUUUCUGCAUAUGCCUCGGUCGCAUUUCCACCGCCGGCUCAUCCGCUCGAGAGACAUCGUCCGCCACUGGUUCGCGAAAAAGAGGGGAGACGUGUGACGGAAAACACAUUGCCGCGUCUCCUUCCUGGCAACGAAUGCACGGCAGCCUACGCCUGACGUGGCGUCAGACUAGCAGUCUCCAGUUCCCAAGCGUACACAAACUGCCCCCUCCCCCACCCCCACACACAGAGACACGCACAGACACACACACGCGCGCACGCACAUACUUCCAAGCGUUUGCCAUAUACGAAUCAUGGCGACGCCAUUGCCACUCCGUAGCAGAGAGGGUGUUUGUGACUGCCGAAAGAGCGUGCUGCGUUUGGAAGUGUGUCUCGGCGGAGCCGCUGUCACUGGUCGCGAAAUGUGCUGCUUCAGACGACCGUCCGUGCGGACCAAGCGCAUCGCUCCCGAAAAGCGUCGAAAGCUUAGUAGACUUUUCGAGUGGCGACGACGGAGGCGGCAGCAGCAGUGAUGCCUCGUGCUGACGACAGCAGGCAGCAACAAGGUGGGCCGUUUGGCCAAAACAUGCCCAUGACUCCGGGUGGAUCAAGUGAUCCCAAUAGGAUGGCCUUCGCCUCUAAUCGCACCCCGACUAGCCCACAGUGGUCUGCUCCAUCAUGGCCACCAGCGCCGGAAACCCCAGACGCACCAGUCUACUGCAGCACGGGCGGACUGUUCCCCAUGCAAGGUGGCGGACACACGCCGUCCACGGGCCAGAGGUCGGCGUCGCCCAACGGCCGGUUCACGUCGAGCGGACCCAAGUUCCCCAUUCCGCCGCCUCCGCCCGCAGGCGCCAUGUCCCCGCCGACACAAAAUACGUUCGGAAUACCGCCGCCGCCACCGGCUGGACAAGGGAGGUCGCCAACGUCCAGCGGCGGCUACAGUCCCAACACCUUCCAAAUACCUCCACCACCACCACCCGGUGGUCGACCGGGAAGUGCCUCGCCUUCUGUCUCUGGCGGUGGACGCAGCCCCGGUGCCUUCUACAUACCACCACCGCCAUCACAGUCCCUGGGAGGCAUGGUAUCCUCGCCAACGAGUGCCACUGGGGGCUACGAAGACCAGUCGUACUCGUACCCUCCGCCACCGCCGCCUAUCGCAUCGUCGUCGCCGGUGCCGGGUGUUUAUGGCAGCGGCGGGCCAUUCCGCCAUGAGCCGGCCACACCACCCCCUCCGCCACCUCCGCCCGUUUCGCAGCAGGUUCCUGCGCCGCCGCCACCGCCGCCGCUGCCUCCAGUACAAGGCGGCGGCCCAGGAGGACCACCGCCGCCGCCACCUCCACCGCCACCUCCACCACCACCGUCGGGUGGUGGACCUACAUGGAAACAGAAGCAGGAGGCUGAGAAGGCCUCGCAGAGGCAGUCAGGGUGUGGCUACGACCCUGCCCAGGUUGCGGCGCAGGGACCGCAGGACGGCACCCAACCUUUCUGCUACCUACCUCCCCAGCUGGUCGGCACGCUCAACAGCAAGGAUAAGAAACCCUUCACAUACACGCCAGGUGGUUUGGACCUGUCCGAGAUCAAGUCUCCGCGCAUCCAGAGGCGCAUCAACGCUCGCCAGGAAGCGGCCGCCGCCCAGGGCGAAGGAUGGGGAGACCCGCCCAACCGUCAGAUGGAAGGAUUGAACUUGGAUGGGACGCCGUCACAGCAGCAGGGCUACAUGGACCCUAACCGAACUCACUCGCUGCCCCGCCAGGCGCCAGGACAGCGCGCUUCGGACCCAGGCGACUUUGUGCAGUCGCGAUCCUUCCGCGUGCUGCAGAAGAUCACCGACACCGACUCUCCGGACUACCAACCACCAGCGCCGCCCAAGCCUCGGGAGGAGGAUGAGAUGCGGUUCAGCGGCCUGCGAAGGGACCAGAUCCCGUCGCGGUCCUUCCAGGCGCUCCAGAAGAUGACCGGCGCCGAUGACCAGCUCUACCAGCAGCAGCAGCAACAGCAGCAGUACUACUACCCGGCGCCACAGCAGGAACCACCCCCAGACAUCCGCGAGUACUGCAACCACCCGGAGGAACUGGACGACACGACCAUCAACCCGCGCUACCGCGGCGGCAACAUCCCCUCGCGCUCCUUCAAGAUGCUUCAGGAGAUGACUGGCGACGACGGUUCCGUGGCGCCUUCCGUUUUCGACCAGAAACGUCAGCAACAACAGCAGCAGCAACAACAACAUGCGGGGCCCAAACCCCGCAAGACAACUCAGAUGACUAUUCAGUUGGGCGGACCUGAAGAGGGCGGCUACUCUGGCCCGCAAGCACAGGGCGGGCUGGUGCACGUUCCCGAGAAGGUGUUCCCCCACCCUAGCGUGCCGGCUUCGCAGCAAGAGGCCGAGCCAGACCCGCGGAAGUACACCGGCGGGAGCAUCCCUUCCAGGUCCUUCAGGAUGCUGCAGGCCAUGACGGGAGAGAACAGCGGAGAGGGUGGCACAGACUUCUAAUCUCGGAGGCGGGCCUACCAUGCCGUGCGACGAAGGCAACGCCAGUACGGAGGCGGCGAAAAUUCACUGGUUCCACACUGGCUCGAGCUCUCCACUCGCGCUAUGAGGAUCGCAGUACCCAGUUACGUUGCGACUUGAGUUCUUUUUUUUUCUUUGUUAUGUUUUCUCUCGUUGUUAAAGCAGCACGCGUCUCUGAGUCUGAAUAAUGACCGUGAUUCUCAAUCAUAGCUUGAAAUUGACACGUACACAGAAAAGACGCAGCUCGAAGCGAGGCACUAACUUUUACUCGCGAUGAUGCCAUCGACGCGUGAUUGUACUAGGUGUAACAACAACAACAAAAAAGGCUGCUAUCAGACACGCACUUUUAACACAGACCGCAGCUUAAAGAGUGAAUAAUCGUAAAAUACACGCAUAUAUAGGCUAGGCACCACAGUGUUGACCUUGUAAAUUAUGGACAUCAUGCACCAUGCACCUAGUUGCUCUUUCCUCAUGUGGUUGUGCUGAUACAAAAAGUUGCGGUUGAGAAACACGAGACGUUUGUCUGCGUCAACGCUUGUUUUCUUCGGUACGCGCUCGAGUACCUCGGCAUGUCUAUUGGUGCAAAAGCUGAGGGCCAUGCGUGCUUAAGCGCAGGGAGUCCGUUUGCCGUGUUGUUUCUGCUUCGCAUAGCGAUAUUCGUAAGCCACUUAAGUAUGUAUUUUGUUCUCUUGUUACACUGCAGAAAAAAUUGCACUUUUUUUUUUGUCAGCUGUAUCGCCAAGGUGAUAUCGAGCUGAGGCGUAUCGUAAUACAUGUCGUUCUUAACUGGGUGCGGGACCCAGUUUAAGCGCUCAUUGUAGUCUCUAGUCAUCAUGGAGCUCCGUAUCUGCAAUAUUGUACUCGCUGUGACAAUAGUCUCAGGUUGCGCGUUGUUUUACAAAAAGCUAUAUUCUUCUUGUUAUUCGCAAAAAAACGCUAGCAUAAAAAAAAAGUUGUGACCACGUGAAUCAACAAGCUCUUAUCUGACAACUGUUGGGCCCAUAUAUGAACGGGCAGUCACGUUUAUGCAAAGCCCCUGUUACGGAGGAGGCUUUGGUAAUAGCAAGUGUAUGGUGCCGCAGGAGAGAUAGAAAAAAAAGAUACAAUAUUCUUCUACGUCUUUUCGACUUGCCACUUAUGAUAUGUCAACAUGUUUGUCAAAUCUAGCGUACGUAUGGUGCGCGAUAUUGUCUAUCACGCUCUCUGAUCCAAGUGCCUCUCACGUGUCGCAAUGUUAGAGAAUAAAACGAAUGAAAAGACCUUGA